AUGGCAAACUCGCCCGAGGAGCGCGCACACUGGCGCGAUGUGCUGCACGCCUUCGACGGAUACAUGCAGUACCACCUCUCAGCCAACCAUGCGCGGCGGAUGUCCUUCCUCGCCCUGCCACGGGACACGCGUGACGUCUUCGAGAGCUUGGGGUACCGCGAAAAGCUCGAGGCUGUGGAUGAGGGCAUACGCCUGAAUUCCGAGUUUAUCGACCUCAUGAUCGCCGACCCUGUGUUUGCGGAUAUGCUCGCUGAGCCGGAACCUGUUGGCGAGCACGACGACGGACAUGGACUCGGAAACGGGCACGAGCAUGGACAUGAGCAUGGGCAUGACGAGCAUGAUCACAGCCACAGCCACAGCCACUCCCACGGGCCAGGUCCGGCGAAGAAGAAGGCGGGACAGGCUGAGCGCGAUCUCCGCCAAGACAAGGUCCGAAGCACGUUGCGCUCUUUUGUGCGCGACUGGGCCGCCGAGGGACAAACAGAGCGCGACGCAUGCUACACGCCCAUCCUUGCUGCACUCGACGAACACUUUCCAGGAGAGCGGGACAACGUCAAAGUCCUUGUGCCGGGCUGCGGGCUGGGGCGGUUGGCUAUGGAGAUUGCCGCGCAUGGCUUUUGGGCCCAGGGUAACGAGUUCAGCACAUACAUGCUCAUCGCGAGCCACUUUGCGCUCAACCAAUCAACACGGGUUGGGGAACACCUCAUCUUUCCCUGGCUGCACAGUUUCUCAAACCACGUCUCGACCGAACAAAACCUCCUGCGGAGCGUGCGGGUGCCUGAUGUUGUGCCCGCCGAGAUCCUGGGUGGACGGGGCGGGUUCAGCCUCGUCGCAGGCGACUUUGAGGAGGUGUAUGGGCCAACCCACUGGCACGAUGAGGAGACGAAUGGGGAGAGCGAUGACGACGAAGAGGCAGGCCGAGUCAACCAGCGCGGGCGGUGGGGCGCUGUCGUCACGUGCUUCUUCAUCGACACUGCACAUAACGUGCUCAACUACCUCCGCAUUAUCCAUGGGUUGCUGGACGAGGGCGGCGUGUGGAUCAACCUUGGGCCCCUCCUGUGGCACUUUGAAAACUCGGCGACGUCGCCCAAGGGCGAGGGGUCUAUCGAGCUCAGCCUCGACGAGGUCAAGGCCCUCGCGCGCAUGGUUGGGUUCAAACUCUCAAACGAGCGCAUCAUCAGCUCGACCUACACCGGCGUGCCUGACUCGAUGCUUGAACACGUUUACCACUGUGCGUUCUGGACCGCGACCAAGAUCAAGCCCCAAGAGCACUCCAUCACAGAAUGGUGA